AGGGGGUCGGAGUGCUGAAGGGGAACUAGAAGAUGGCCAGGGCAUGUUAUCAGGACACGUUUAAGAAGGUUGAGCUCGCUGUAGCCCCUGGAGGAUCUGGAAGUAGUAGGCCGACUCAGCCCAGCCAGCAGACAAUGAGCAUAUCGGACAUUGAGCAUAGACCUGAGGGUGUCGAGCAGAAAGCAGAGCCGGUAAAGCCAGUGGAAACCGUUCCUUUAAACCCUGAUGUGCCAGAAAGAACAAUAAAGGUAGGCACCAAACUCACGGAAGAAGAACGAGCAGAGCUUCUGGAGUUUUUGAGGGUCAAUCAAGACGUGUUCGCGUGGACUACUGAUGAAAUGCCUGGCAUCCCGGCAGAGUUAACAGUCCACAAACUCAGCACAGAUCCUACCAGAAGGCCAGUGGUGCAGAAACGUCGCCUUUUUGGCCUAGAGAAACAAGUCGCCAUAGACGAGGAGAUACAAAAGCUGUUACAGGCGGGCUUCAUUAGAAGAGUGGAGUACUCUGAAUGGGUGUCCAACCCUGUGCUCGUCAAAAAGCCAAAUGGCAAGUGGAGGAUGUGUAUUGACUUCACCAACCUCAAUGAUGCGUGUCCAAAAGACCCUCAUCCCUUGCCAAACAUCGAGAAGUUAGUGGAGCGGGCAGCUGGGCAUGCACGGAUGAGUUUUCUCGACGCCAGCUCGGGCUAUCACCAGGUUCAGUUGCUGUUGGACGACCAAGAGAAAACAGCUUUCUACGCGGGGGACGCUAUCUACUGCUAUGUCAUGAUGCCGUUCGGCCUCAAAAAUGCCGGAGCAACAUACCAGAAGCUGGUCCAGAUCAUCUUUAAGCUCCAGAUCGGCAGGAACAUAGAAGUGUAUGUAGAUGACAUGAUAGUCACCAGCGUGCGAGCUGAGGAUCACAUUGGCGACCUGGAUGAAACUUUUCAAAACUUGCGCCGAGCACAAAUGAAGCUGAAUCCCUUGAAAUGCACAUUUGCUGUAGAGUCGGGAAAAUUCCUAGGAUACGUAGUAUCCCAGAAAGGAAUUGAGGUAAAUCCAGAAAAGGUUGAGGCCGUUCAGCAGAUGGAGCCACCAAGAACUGUCAAGGACGUGCAGCGUUUGACGGGCCGUGUUGCUGCGUUGCACCGGUUUAUAGCCAGAUCGGCAGAAAGAUGCCUUCCGUUUUUCAAAGCUCUGCGGGAGCCUAAGAACUUCCAGUGGACUAAUGAAUGUCAACAGGCCUUUGACGAACUCAAACGAUAUUUGGCAUCCGCACCCCUGCUGUCCAAGCCUGUCAACGGAGAAUGCUUAUACCUUUAUCUGGGGGUCACAGAAGAAGCAGUGAGUUCAGUACUACUAAGGGAGGAGGAUAAACAUCAGAAGCCUAUCUGCUACGUGAGCAAGGUGUUACAAGGUGCCGAGCAGAACUACCCAUUAGCAGAAAAGGCUGCAUUUGCCCUGAAACCUGAGCUCUCUGGUCGGCUUAUUGGGUGGAGUGUCGAGCUGAGUGAAUAUGCCCUCAAAUUUCAGCCGCGUACAGCCGUAAAGGGCCAGGUCGUUGCAGACUUUCUGGUGGAAUGCAUUUCAGCAACUAAGGAAGAAAAAGCACCUGAGCACCCAGUCUGGGUUUUGUAUGUAGAUGGAGCUGCUAAUGCCGAAGGAUCAGGUGCUGGAGCUCUGUUACUGGGCCCUGAUGGCUUUAAGUCUGAGCACGCACUGAGGUUUAAGUUUCAGACAACCAAUAAUGUUGCAGAAUAUGAAGCCCUCAUUUACGGACUGAAGCUAGCGGCCGAGCUGAAGGUACAAAGCAUUCAGGUCUUCAGUGACUCUCAGCUUGUUGUCGGCCAGGUGAAUGGCAGGUCCGACAUCAGGGAUCCCCAGCUCAGUCGUUAUGCCUCUGUGGACAUUAACCCUCAAAGAUCAACAAUCAUCGAGGUGCUCGACGCACCAAGUUACACUGAUUUCACAGUCGACUGUCAACUACUCAGUACAGAUCCCUCUACACCGAGCUGGACUACACCGCUCAUAAAUUAUCUGCAAAGCGGCGAGCUGCCUGAAGACCUGUCCGCUGCGAAGUUGAUUAAACGCAGGGUGGCACAUUUCACUUUGUUAGAUAGCCAGCUCUACAAACGAGCAGCCUCAAUGCCCCUAUUACGCUGCCUUACUCCUUACGAAGCUGAAUAUGCUGUCAGAGAAGUGCACGAAGGAGUAUGUGGCACGCACAUCGGUGGCAAAACUUUAGCUCGGAAACUCCUGAGGCAUGGUUAUUACUGGCCCACUAUGGUUGAUGACGCGCAGAACUAUGUCAAAAAAUGUCCGACCUGCCAGUUCAAUGCGAUGAUAUACACAUGCCAGGGGAAAUGCUAUCAUCUCUCGCGUCCCCCUGGCCCUUUGCUCAGUGGGGUGUCGACCUGUUCGGCCCUUUUAUCAAAGGCAAAGGAGGCUGUACUUUCCUGGUUCGGCAUACCUAAGCGAAUUAUCGCCGACAAUGGGCCACAGUUCCGAGCAGCAGCACUGAGGUUGUUUUGUGACGAUUAUGGCAUUGAGCUCGCUCUGACGUCUGUGUAUACUCCACAGUACAGAUCACUCAAGACGCGUGUUUUGGCUGCGCAUUCUAAUUGGGUUGACGAGCUCAACAAAGUGCUUUGGUCUUGUUGCACCACGCCCAGCUCGGCCACAGGCGAAACCCCUUUCAGCCUAGCCUAUGAAGCCGAGGCCGUCAUCCCAGUAGAAGUCGGAUUGCCAUCUGAACGAGCAGGCCGGUAUGACGACCUCAACAACGAGCAACUUUUGAGAGAGAAUCUAGACUUUGUAGAAGAAGUCAGGGAGAUGUCUAGAAUAAGAAACGUGGCACAUCAAAGUCGCGUUGCAAAAUUUUACAAUAAAAGGGUUCGAGCUCGCCAGUUUCAAGUUGGCGACUUGGUCCUACGUAAAGCUGGGUUAACUAACAUUCAUUCGCACAUGGGCAAGCUCGCUCCCAAUUGGGAAGGCCCCUAUAUGGUUGUUCAAGUUAAGCGACCUGGCUCUUACGUGUUAGCAGAUAUACACGGGCGUCAGUUACCUUACCUUUGGAAUGUACAGAAUCUUAGAAAGUUUUACAGUUAACGUGUGUAAUGUUAUUUCGCUCAAGGUGUUAUUUAACAGUUGUAAAUAGAGAUAUACAGAAAAUGCAAGGAAGAUUCAAAAGAAAAUUCAUUUUUGUAU